AGUUUUGAGAUGCCGGCUCUGGAAUCACAACCACGUGGAUUAUCGUCUGCGUCGCAUAUGUGAUUUUACUCUCAGCCGCAGACGAUCAAAUUUCAUAAAUAUUUAUAUUGUGUUUGUUCGAAACUCUAUUUGAAUUUAUUUUUAUUGUAACACUUGCGGCGAAAAGAAAUAUAUUUUAAUUGCGUAUAGUAUUAAAUUAUUUUGUCUAUCUCCGAAAAAAGGAUAUUUUUCACGAAAAAUAUAUAUAUAUCGAUCAAAUUUAUCGAGUGAUAGAGCAAUAUGACUUUAAGAAACAUGCUGCACAUACCAUUUGUUUUUGUGGCAAUUUUUUCUUCCUUUUCAAUGGUGAAGGGGUUAUGUUUCUUCCCCAAUGAAUACCUUGGCACAUACCUGAUUCAGACACAAACGGAGGGAUUCGGAAACACAGCCACCUCUUUCUCUGAAAUAACUUUUGAGCCGGACGCCAUUCCUCCUUGGGGAAAGUGUUUCCGAAGAAGGGGAAACAAUGUCAUCCUCAAAGACAGCACUGGAGGUGAAGAUUGUAUGAGAUGUUUUCAUAUUACUUUGAAAGCCCCUAACGUCAUACAAAUCCACACAGAAGGAUUAGGAAAAUGUUAUACUAAAGAAGAAGCUGUAAAGGCGACUUGUCCUGAUGAUAGAGCUGUGUAUGAAAGAAAAUUCAAAGAAAUAAUGCUCUACAGAAAGCAAGAUUUAACCAGCAAUUCACCUCACGAACAAGUUUUCUGUCCAAUAAGUGGAAAGUUUAGGUUUACUUACACAGCUAGCAAUGGAGAAUUUCGAUGUGACCAAACCUUGUCAGAACUGUCAAACUGCCCUGACGGUAAUGUCUUGGGGGUCAAGUUUCGUCAAUGCUCCUUCCCUAAUAUGGAUGUCAACUUCCGAUGUUUAGGGGAUUGGGCUGGUCCAAAUAAUGAUCGUUAUCUUGCACUUAUGGAACUGAAGGAGGACUCAGAAGAAAGAUUUAAAUUCAGAUGUGGAAUCUACAGAGUUGAUCCGUUAACUGGUCGAGUAUUUGUGUCGCUUUCAGCUGAUUCAACAUGUUAUAACCAACUCAGAUCUGCUACAGAUGGCUACGAAUCAUUGAUUUUGACUCCUUUUCCGGAGAAAAGUCCGCCAGGUCCUGUACUUCAUGCUCACUGUCGAUUCCCUGAUUGGGUACAGGGUGAUUGGGAAGGCAUACAGGUGGUGAGGAAUGUUUUAAUAUACAAAGAUCAUUACAGACUACAAAGGAUUUCUCUGACGUGUCUUAGAAAGGAAGAAGGUACCAAAGAAGAUAGGUUCAUCGUUUUUUCAUCCACUCACUGCGGUGAAGAAUCCUACAACUGCGUUUGGGUAAAGAAAAGAAGUGAAAACGUGAUGGAAUUCCAAAUAGGUUCCCAACCUAGUCAUUUGUACUCAGACACGUUGUGUCACGAUCUGCAGUUUAGUGAAGACUCAUGGGUCACGCAAGGAAGAUUAAAACCAACUCAAAUGUUUCCUUGCCCUAUUAUGGGAGAUUACACUGGAAUCUUACCUGAAAAUCCUGGAUUUUGUGCAAAGGUGGCUUCAGAUUGUAAUAAUCCCGACGUCAUGUUCUACACAGUUAGUAGCUGCGAAAACAAAUCCUUAAUUUUUGAAGAACGAGAAUAUCGUUGUUUGGGAAGUUGGCGAGACACUAAUGGAGUAACAUUCACCUAUACUCAAAGACGAGAGAUGGAAGGAUUUCAAUGUUUUUCUGGUAAAGUCUUGCAAAGUGGUAAAGAAGCAUACAUUAAAGAAGCAGGACUGAGUUGUAUACGGGGAGAAGAUCCACUUAUAUAUGGAAUGAAGAUAACAAAACAUGCAUCUUGUCCAGAUGUUGGCCUUUCUGUUUCUCAUGGUCCAAGAUAUCCAACCAGUCCUCCCGAAGACUUGGAUGAGACUUUCUAUAGUCCUGUACCAAAUGAUCCAUACUGGUAUCCGAACGAAAGAGAUGCAGUCGACGGAAAAACAAGAAAAUCCCCUACACGUUCUACAAAAGAAGAAGAACAACAUAUAAAUGCCGCUGUCUUGCCAACUUAUCAUGCCUCGUGGAUUUUUGUGUAUACUUUUAGUACAUACUGCUUCUUCUGGAUUCAUCAGUAUGUAUAUUUUCCUUAGAAAAUCAGGCAAUAAGGAUUAUGUGUACAAAUAUCUCAAUUCUAGUGAAGUCUUGCUCGAUGAAUCCAGUGAUUUUGUAGAUUCGAAGCAAAAACAGAUUGCCUUUUAAUGUAUAUAGUAUCGGGAGAUGCCGGAAAUCACCUGAUGGAGCUUAACUAAAUUGGAAAUCCGACUAAUUGCAACUGUAUGCUUUUGGGCUUUAAUCAUUGUCCAAAAACGGUGAAUGUACUUUGAACUUGACUAUUUAAUGAUGAAUGAUACUAGAGCCUAUAGAGUUUUCAGGUGAAAAUGGAGACUCCGUUGAUCUUUGGGGUUUACCAGAGUUCCUGAAAGGGCGAAAAAGAAUUCUUUGAUAAUUAAAAUUUUAUGUUUAAAAUUAUUAGUUCAUCGAUACUAUUCAGCUGUUAAGAUAUCAAUGAAACAUCUAAUGAACAACAAGGAUGCUUUGUUAAUUAGUAUUGGACAUUUUCGGUCUGAUAAAGUUAUGAGAGUACUAUGAAAAGAGUAAUUAAUGAGAUAAAGGAAUGUUAAAGUGAAAAUUUAUUUGAAUAGUGUAACUUGCUAUUGCUAUUUCACACCAUUGGAUAAACCCCCAAAAAACUGAAACUGGUGGUAAAAAAAAUGAAUAAGUCAGAUAAUCCUUUCCUUUCUUUAUUAUAAUUGUGAACAGUUGUUGACAAAAGAUCAAUUGGCAAGUAAAUUGAUUUUUAUCAUAAACGGAAGUUUUUCCGCCAUUUAAAAUAUUAUAUGGUAUUUGUGACAUGAUUAUCAUAUAGUAUUAUCCGAAUUGUUAGUUUUAGUUUUAUUCAUUUAAUGUCUCUUCCUAGUCUAUAGUACAUACUUCAGUUUAUGGUCUAGGUUUAUGAUAAACGUGAAAAAAUUAAGUUUUCCAGACACUGAAAGAUUAAUUUCAAAAAACUUUUAUGUAUGUAGAAAAUUUUUUUUUUCAAAAAUAUUUGCUGACAUAUGUUUGGAAAGAUUUGUUAGUCCCUGCAAAAAGCAGACCGUGAGUCGUAUAUCAAGGCAUAUAUCAGGCGUAUGUAAAGAGGGUAAACAGUGGAAUCUUGCAUGUUUCUAUGCAAUUGUAUAUUAAAAAAGUUAGAGUUUUUUGAUGAGCUUUGUGAUCUACUUAUAAAAAUAUUUCUGGAAUUCUUUUGAUCGACUAUGACUGACAGUAAAAAGGGGAAACAUUUGCUCAGACUCUUUUUAUUGUGCAGUUUACAACUUAGUAUCAACUAUGAACGUUGAAUUAAAUGUAUAUUUUUUUUUGUUUGUUUUUUACAACACAUAAGGAAUGGGAGUUCCUACAUAAUUAGUUUUCUAUGUUAAUAAUAAUUCUCAAUGGACAACUAAAAUGGAAUUCCAAGCAAAGGGAGGUUCCUGGGAAAUUCCAUUUUACAGGUUGAUUCAACAACCAAUCAAAGAUAUACCAGUUCCUAUGCAACUAGUGCUAUGUAUAAAUUUUUUGUAAUUAUUUAUAAUAUAGUUAAAAUUUGUACAGAAAAAAUGUUGGUUUUGUAAUAUUUUGUUGAAGAUUAUGCUUUCAUAUUGUAUGUUUGAGUCAAUAAAUGAUGUAAUUCUAUCGUU